AUGGGUUCAAAGUCCACUCGGCAGCCAGCGCAAUUUCUCACGAUCACCAUGCUCUGGUUCUACGCUCUCGCAACAGUCGCUCCCGUUUUCGGGCUGACCGGUCCUUUCAAGAGAGCCCAAAGGCCACAAAUGGGGUGGAACUCGUGGAAUACCUUCAAGCUCGGAAUCAACCAGACAAUUGUCGAAGGAACCGCGCAAGCUUUAGUGGAUACUGGACUUCGUGAUGCCGGCUACACGUACCUAGUCAUGGAUGAUGGCUGGCAAAAUCUUACCAGAGGUCCGGAUGGGAGACAACAAGCCAACGCCACGCGCUUUCCCUCCGGGCUCAAGGUACUUGCCGAUGAGCUCCACGAGAAGGGUCUUAAGUUUGGCUUAUACAGUCAGAAGCGUCAACUAAUCAGACAGUACGAUAACUGCGGAGGAUUCUACGGCAACACCCGACCAGUCCAGGAGCGCUUUCAAAUCAUGUCCCGAGCUUUGAAGAACACAGGUCGCGACAUCUUCUACGCUGUUUGCCAAUGGGGCCACCAGUGGCCCUGGUACUGGGCCGACCAGUUCACUGAUUCUUACAGAAUGUCUGGGGACAUCCACGCCAAGUUUCGCGAUGAUGGGAACUCCGUCUGCAAAACUGCCUACUGUCUCAACACUGGCUACGCUGGGGUUAGUGUUCUGACCAUGAUCCGCAAGAUGCGCGAGAUCUCUGGUUUCCAGAAGAAGGGCUCCUGGGCUGAUAUGGACAUGCUCGAGGUCGGCGUCAACCGCAACUUCACACUCCACCAGGAUCAGACCCACCUAAGCUUCUGGGCAGCCUUGAAGAGCCCUCUCAUCAUUGGUGCGGACAUCACAACAAUCAGAAGAUCUUCUCUUGAUGUGUUAUUGAAGAAAGAGAUCAUUGGAAUCAACCAAGAUGACCUCGGGGUAGCUGUCUCUUACGUAGCUGAACUCUCCAAAGAGGACGAAAUCCAGGUCUGGGCUGGACCUGUGAAGUACAAAAGGUACAACCAUGUUGCGCUUGCUCUGAAUUACAACGUGGUGAACCACACUGCUGAUAUUGAGCUGCCAUGGUCGAAACUCCUCGGGUUCCAGGGCUGCAAAAACGGUAAUGUCCGUGUCAGAGAUGUUUGGGAGGAUAAAGAUCUCGUAUCUGGGAAAGAAAGUAUCACCCUCCAGGAGGUGGUACAGGACCAAACCAAGGUGUUGCUGCUUUCUUGCUAG